AGCAAGCAAUAACCCUGCUUUCACCACUAGUUCACGUCCACUGACCCAUUACUAGUUACUGACCACUCACAGAACACUAACAAACGAGCCUGCGAGUAGUUAGCAGGGAUACAACUUGCUGCAAUGCAUCUACAGGAAAUUGUACUGUGUUCGACUGCACCGACCUCAGCAGCGUCGGGUCCAGGUGCCAUCGUCCUUCAUGAUAUUCAAACGGGAUCUACCUUUGCAUCUUUCAAACAAACCUCAGCUCGAACAAAUUCCACAGCAGUUGUUCCAACACGAGAUGGCCAGGGCGGUUUCAUACUUUCCGCACAACCUGAAAAGUCCAUCAUGAACGUGUAUAAUUUCCAGAAGGAUCAGCUCUCUCUAAAGAUUGUGCUUCCAGAAAAGCUGUCAUGUGUCACUGUCGAUUCGAAAGGCGACUAUUGCGCGGGUGGUACCGCACAGGGUCGUAUUUAUAUCUGGGAGAUUGCCUCCGGAAUCAUGUACCAUGCUUGGGAUGCGCACUACCGUCAAGUCAACGUCUUACGCUUCACGCAUGAUAGUGCAGCGUUGGUCUCAGGUAGCGAAGAUUCCGCCGUCAGUGUGUGGUCAAUAUCGAGCUUGCUGGAUGAUGGCUCGCAAAACGACCUUCCUUCGCCCUUCUGCACUCUCACAGAUCACACACUACCUGUGACCGACAUUUUGUGCGGGAUUGGACUGUUCCCUACAUGUCGGAUACUGACAGCAUCCGUGGACCACUCAGUCAAGCUUUGGGACCUUUCUUCACACACACUCCUAACAACAUUCCAAUUUCCACACCCGAUCAAAGUCCUCGCAUGGGACGUCACAGAACGUUUGUUCUUCGCGGCCUCUGAAGAUGGUUCAAUACACCAGGUGAAUCUUUUCAGACAGAGGGAAGAAAAAUUUGCCCGCAACGGAUUGGAGGCCGUUGGCGGAGCUGGAGUUACGGAUAUAAUCCGUAUCGACGGUGAAGGCCAGGAAAACUCACGAAAACGGCUGAUAUCUGUUAGUCAACCGAUUACCACACUGGCGAUUUCGUUGACUUCUUCUCUGCUUCUUGUCGGGACUGCAACAGGCCUCAUACAAAUAUAUGACAUUGCUUCACACCAACUUUUGCGCACGAUCUCAACGCACAAAGGUUUCUCAAUAACGCACUUGUCUACGAUGCUCAAGCCGCCGGACUUAGUUGGCCAUGUCAGUCUCAGCCUCGGUACCGGCAGCACGCCUGAUGCUAGGGAAUCAAUCCCGGUUAAACCCGUCACGCCGUUUCAGAGGAUGCGUGAUCCUAAGGCAAGAGAGCUUCAUGAGGUAGCAAUAAUGCUACCAGCUCAACCUUCAGUGAGCACAAUGAAUCCAAACUCUGUGUUCAGCCUAUUGAGCUCCCUUCUCCGACAGCGAUCGACAGAAGCCUUCUUCGAAUACUCAACUGACGAACUUCUGCGAGAUCAUGCAGUAUUUGUCAAAGCAGCUGACAUUGCUGGAUCGGGAACAACAGGUGUAUCUUUACAAUCUCGCGUUACUGAGCUUGAAUCUGAGGUGUCGAAGUUGCGCGAGCAGCUGGGCAAAGCAAAAGGUAUCAAUGAUACCAUGUGGGAGACAAUUGUCCAAAAGAUGGUUACAGAAACCAAAGAGGGCAAAGGGAAGGGCAAGGGUGCAAGUGAUGACGGGUUUGUGGCGUUGGAUGAUGAGGACGACGACAGUGAAGGAGUUAGCAGGAGACGGAAAAGGACUCGUUCGUAGACACUUCACACUGUUCUGCCAGGCACGCCGAGUAUUCAUUCCAACACAUGACCAAGCUUGUCAAAGUGAGAAUAUAAACAUGCAUUCGGCUAAGAAAUCAUGCAGUUGUUUACGAAUCCUUUUUCUCGCCGUAUUCAGCAGGGUUUCUACCGUGAUAUUGAUGGUUGACCAAGUUGACCCUGAUAAUAGUCAAUAUGAGAUGAGCACGGUGGUUCGGCGUGUACUCACAUGGGGAAGAGAUCUGCCAGCCACAUGUCAGUAUGUUACUGAACACAGCAGAAAUGGAGAGGACGUACGGAAUU